AUGGAUAUUCAUGUUCUUCAAAGCCAGCCCGCCCAGAAGGUCGCGUUUAAAGACUCUUCCACGGUUCGUGUGGGUAAUAAACUUGUUCGCAAUAAGCCACCCACCCAGCCCUCUGCUAUGCGACCCAAGCGUAAUUCCAACGCUGUAAAAAGUGAUGUACAGACUGCAAGUGAAGCGGGAGUUGUUGUUCCACCCGCCCAACCCACGAGUUGUCAUUUGGUCCGCGGCGGGUUCCAGCCGCGCCUUCCGACUUCGCUGCCGCCCCCAGGGCAGCAGCAGCAGCCGUCGCCGCUACCACGCCGACAGCCCGUCCCGUUGAUGCCUCCCGCGCAGCUUCAUCCGGGAGCGCCCCAGGUGGUUGCUCCGGCGCCUGCGGUCCCUCUUCAGUCGCCACCGCCUUCGGAGCUGAUGGACGUCGACCCCUCCGCCGGGCCGCCUUCCCAAGUGGUGGCUGUGCAGCCUGUCCUGCAGCCGCUUUCCUUGGGCACCCCCAAGGAGUCUGACACCGCAGCGCCUUGUCCGGCGCCCACUCAGCAGCCGUCGACGCAGCAUUUGGUCCGCGGCGGGUUCCAGCCGCGCCUUCCGACUUCGCUGCCGCCCCCAGGGCAGCAGCAGCAGCCGUCGCCGCUACCACGCCGACAGCCCGUCCCGUUGAUGCCUCCCGCGCAGCUUCAUCCGGGAGCGCCCCAGGUGGUUGCUCCGGCGCCUGCGGUCCCUCUUCAGUCGCCACCGCCUUCGGAGCUGAUGGACGUCGACCCCUCCGCCGGGCCGCCUUCCCAAGUGGUGGCUGUGCAGCCUGUCCUGCAGCCGCUUUCCUUGGGCACCCCCAAGGAGUCUGACACCGCAGCGCCUUGUCCGGCGCCCACUCAGCAGCCGUCGACGCAGCCUGUACCACAGACGCAAAUGAUGGAGCUGUGGUCACAGCCAACACAAGCAAAUAGUGCUCAGCACAUACUGAACCACGCAUGCAUAUUCACCGUUACUCCAAAUUUUGGCAAUGGUGCAAUGGGUACCAACUCACACAAGACAAAGCAGGCAGUCAGUGCGAGCUGGACAACACAACGUGACACACAUUUCCAGUCUUUCUCGCUGUGUACCACAUGA